ACGAUCCGGCGAGUAAAUACGAAUCUGCGAUGGCGUCGUCUACGCAUGAGGAGGAGGAGAAGCAGCCGUUGGUCGAUACCAGUCCCAUGUCUUGGAAGGAGAAGAUGGAGGUCCUGCUCGUGCUGCUCUCGAUCCCGCUCGUCCUCGCCAUCCUCGUCUACUUCGCCGUGCGAACAGCCGCGACCUACAACCUCGACCAGCCGGCCAGGCACUCCGUGGAGCUGGUUGGAGCCAAGGGCAUCGGUCCGGCGCUGGCUCCGGGAGCGGAGCCGCCGGCCUUCAAGCUCCUCGUGUGCGUUGACAACGGCCGCAUCUUCGGCUUGCGGAACGGCGGCGGCGGCGACGUCUUGGUCUCCUACGCGGGCGUCCCCCUCGCGCGCGGGCGCGCCCCCGCCUUCCGCGUGGAGACGAAGAAGGCGGUGACGGUGGCGGUGGACGCGACGAGCGCCGGGGUGGGGGUACCCGAGGAUCUGUUCCAGCUCAUGUCAGAGGAGCGCCGCCGAUCUGGGGUGGCGCAGCUGGAGAUCGAUUUGUGGCUUGAUUACGGGCUGUUCACCUGCCGCGUCGAGCUGGGCGGGGAGCAGCGCGCCUCUGAAUGCGAGGAGCAGAACUUCAUUUACAGUAGCUAG